AUGGAUCAUUGGCAGCGAUUUGAAGAGGCGGAGAUACCUCCCAAGGAGGCAUUCUACAGCAAGCUGAAUAUGAGUGGGAUCAGUGAUGAGGAAUAUGAUUAUGCGAAAAAGGUAUGGAAUUGUAUUACCCCGGAGAUUGAUAGCGUCACCAUGGGCGACUACCACGAUGUGUACCUGACCACAGACGUCCUGCUAUUAGCCGAAGUGUUUGAAACGUUUCGGGAUGUAUGCUUGACAAACUACAAGCUUGAUCCUGCACACUUUUACAGUGCACCUGGUUUUGCAUGGAAGGCGGCACUCAAGUAUACUGGAAUCAUGUUAGAGCUCCUUACGGACCCUGACAUGCUCCUGAUGUUCGAGAAGGGAAUCCGAGGAGGUAUAACCCAAACUGUACACCGGUAUGCCAAGGCUAACAAUAAGUAUAUGGGAGACCAGUACGAUCCAGAGGUUGAAUCAUCCUACCUCCAGUACAUCGAUAGCAAUAACCUAUACGGCUGGGCUAUGCGUCAAGACCUCCCAAUAUCAGGCUUUAAAUGGGUGUUGAACGUUGAGGCCUUUACCGAAAAGCGAAUUGAGAAGAUCGUUGGGGACAAUAGGCGUGGGUACAUUUUAGAGGUUGACAUCGAUUAUCCCGAGAGGUUGCAUGGCAAACAUAACGAGUUGUCGUUCCUGCCCGAACGCACAACGGUACACAAGGUUAAAAAACUAGUACCAAAUUUGGAACACAAGAGGAGGCUGAGAACUGCUGCCAAAAACGAGUUUGAGAAGGAUUUCUACAAGCUGAUGAACCUCUCGGUGUUUGACAAAAUAGAGAACAUUAGGAACCACCGCAACAUUCAGCUGGUCACCAACGAGGACAAGUAUAUGAAGCUUGUAAUGAAACCAAAUUUCAAGGGUGGAAGCCGGUUUUUCAAGCACCUCCUAGGCGUUGAAAUGGGGAAGACGGAGAUCAAAAUGAACAAACCGGUGUAUAUAGGCCAGGUGAUACUUGAUCUGUCAAAGCUAGUCAUGUAUGAGUUCCAUUACGAUUUCAUGCAACCUAAAUAUGAUAGCAAGUUGCAGCUCUGUUACAUGGACACGGACAGCUUCGUGUACCACAUACGAACAGAAGACUUUUAUCGCGAUAUUGCACAAGAUGUCGAGACACGCUUCGACACGAGUGCCUAUAAUCUGGACGAUAACAGGCCUCUCCCUACCGGGAAGAACAAGAAGGUCGUAGGCCUCAUGAAGGAUACGUUAAAUUGGAAGAUUGUGACAGAGUUCAUCACACUUAGGGCCAAGCUAUAUGCCUACAAGAGCCUUACAAAAGAGGGCGGUGAUCGCAAAGCCAAGGGUGUAAAGAGAUGUGUAACUAAAAAGUCUAUCACCUUCGAUGACUAUCGGCGAUGUCUUGAGGAGGGCGUUGACGUCUACAAAAGCCAAGUGCUUAUUCAAAACAAGGGCAUGAAAUCUACACCCAAGAGGUAUCGAAGUUAG